GAAAGCAAAGUUGGGCAAAGGAACACAAGACCACAGCAGGAAUACGGCAUUCAAUUUGGACUAUAUUUUACCACUAGGGAGCGACAUAUACUUACUUUUUGAGGUCAAUAUUUAUGGUAAAGGACUUACGUUUAUCAAUACUUUAAAGUAAUUAAUAUAUCACAAAAGUUACUGCCAAAAUAAUUAAUUUCAUAAACGACAUAACAACCAAAAUGCAGGUUAUUAGGCAAUGCUCUGCUUGUGCUAAUGGGGUUUUUCUACAAAGUCGGACGGACUUCAUUUUGCUUGGGACCAAUAUGGCCGCGCUCAGAAGAAGCGUCGCAUGUCUCAAUUUCUUCAGGAGUACAGCAACGAGUGUUCUAAGCAGUAGGAAGCCCUCGCGCCAGAGACUGGAACGUAUCACAGGUCUUACCAGAACGAGCCUGGCCUCUCUGAGUGUGUGCGGUGGACUGAGCGCUGUCCCCUUCAUGCAGCAAGUGGAGAACCUCUCUCAUGAAUCCCUUGUCCGAAGAGCAUCCUCUACGGUUAUCGACAGUGCUAACACUUACCUCUCCCAGACCACUCUGGCUCUCGUAGAUGCCAUCACACAAUAUGCCAAAGCUAUCCACACCCUUAUCGCCCUCCAGAGGAGAUAUAUGGCUUCCCUGGGAAAACUCUCUACUGCUGAGGAGGAUGCCAUUUGGCAAGUUAUCAUUGGCCAGCGUGUGGAGGUUGGUGACAGACUAAAUGAAUGCAAUCGCUUCGAGUCAAACUGGAUUAAUGCCGUCAACCUGUGUGAAAUGGCAUCUGAAGCAGCAUACAACACAGGAGCUGAGCAAGCCUCCAUUACCGCCAAGACCAUUCUACAGGCGGCCAAGUCCCAAGUUGAGGAGGUCCGGCAGAUAUCUUUAGAGGCAAAGCGGAAGCUGGCUGAGACAAAGGCUGAAGAGAUCCAGAGGAUGGCAGAGUAUGCAUCUUUCAUAGAAAGCGGUGUUGACGACGUGCAUGAGGCUUACCUCAGAGAGGACUGAGACAACACUAAAUUAAACCGUUGAUUAUCAUUGAUCACUUUCCAGAGUUUUGGAUUACUAUUAUAUCUGUGAGGUGGAUUGACUUGACGAUGGCGAGCAAUUCAUUGUCAUAUCGAACACAAAUUUGAGAAUCUUAGGUUAGUUCUAUCUGUGCUUGUGGUUACACCCAUACUUCAGUGCUCAAACAAUGUUUCAGUAUGUUUUAAAUCCUGUAGAAAUAGACAGUAUACAUUUCAAAUUUCAGUUCUGUUUAAUUGGGAGUUAUAUUAUAUAUGACAAACCAAAACUACUGCCAUGAAUUGAAAAACAACAAAUGGUGUAUUACAUUUUGUAUAAAUUCCUUGCAUGUAAUUAAAACUAAUGUUAAAUAAUUUGAAAAAAGCUAUUAACUUUGUCUAUAUAAUAAAAUAGUUGACUUAUGUACUUUAACUGUAAGUGACAGAUUUGGACUAUGAUUAACAUAGCUAUACAAUGCAGUUGCAUUUGUUCGUGUUUAUUAUUUAAUGAUGUAAGAUAUGUAAGUUUAACAUGUAGCAUUUGUAAUAAACAUUUUUC